UUUCAUUGGAGCACUUCCUUCACUGCUGAAACAAGCAAACUCACUCUGCUACAAGAGGAUUAUUCAGGAUGUUCCUGACAAGAUCAGAAUAUGACAGAGGUGUGAAUACUUUCUCUCCAGAGGGCCGACUUUUCCAGGUGGAAUAUGCCAUCGAAGCUAUCAAGUUGGGGUCCACAGCCAUUGGCAUUCAGACGUCGGAAGGCGUGUGUCUCGCUGUGGAGAAGAGAAUCACCUCCCCUCUGAUGGAGCCCAGCAGUAUCGAAAAAAUUGUUGAGAUUGACUCUCACAUCGGAUGCGCUAUGAGUGGGUUGAUAGCCGAUGCCAAAACUCUAAUUGACAAAGCAAGAGUGGAAACGCAGAACCACUGGUUUACAUACAAUGAGACGAUGACGGUAGAGAGUGUGACGCAGGCGGUAUCUAACCUGGCUCUGCAGUUCGGAGAAGAGGAUGCAGACCCUGGUGCAAUGAGCCGCCCGUUCGGUGUCGCCCUGCUUUUUGGAGGACUGGAUGAAAAAGGACCUCAGCUGUACCACAUGGACCCGUCGGGCACGUUUGUGCAGUGCGAUGCCAGGGCGAUCGGGUCAGCGUCCGAGGGUGCCCAGAGUUCUCUGCAGGAAGUCUACCACAAGUCCAUGACGUUAAAGGAAGCCAUCAAGUCUUCUCUAACCAUCCUGAAACAGGUCAUGGAGGAGAAACUGAAUGCCACCAACAUCGAGCUGGCUACAAUAGAGCCUGGCAAGACCUUUCACAUGUACACAAAAGAGGAGCUGGAGGAAGUCAUCAAGGACAUUUAGAGCUGAUCUGCACCGGCAUGACUGAUGUUCUACCACCUCUGUUCAGAUCAAACCCUAACAGCAGACUGGCAUCUUUUUCAGACCAGAUCCACUCUUUCUACUGUUUUUUUCUCCUCUGUUAAUGACACGUCCACAAUAAUUUCUACAGCUCUGUACAGGCAACAGAAUAUCAGUACUUGUAGUGGAGUGAAAAUAAUUUGGGGAAAUGGGAGGGGGGGUAGGUUUUUUUUGUUACCAAUUGAUACGUUAAUAAACUUCAUGAAGAA